CUCCCGAUGAGCCGCGCGCGCUUGCGCCUGCGCUCUGGUAUCUGUCGCCAUCUUGCCCCUUCUGAGGCACCGCAAACAAACCUAAUUCCUGGUGUCCCCUAGUCUUGGCGGAGGAGCCUUUUAGAUGAGCCCCGAAAGGCCGGGCAGGGAGGACAAGCUCUUUGGGGCUACCAAACAGAAGCAGCAAUGCCUGUUGUGUGGCCAACCCUUUUGGAUCUCAGCAGGGAUGAAUGCAAACGAAUUCUUCGAAAAUUGGAAUUGGAGGCAUAUGCUGGAGUUAUCAGUGCACUUCGUGCACAGGGAGAUCUCACCAAGGAAAAAAAAGAUCUUCUUGGAGAACUAUCAAAAGUCCUUAGCAUCUCAACAGAACGCCACCGUGCUGAAGUUCGGAGAGCAGUAAACGAUGAACGGUUAACAACAAUUGCACAUAAAAUGAAUUUAUCCUUAUAUUUGGGUGAAAGACCAAGUUACAGUAUGUCUGGACCUAAUAGUUCUUCAGAAUGGUCCAUUGAAGGGCGUAGAUUGGUACCACUGAUGCCCCGGCUGGUUCCCCAGACUGCCUUCACUGUAACAGCAAAUGCUGUGGCCAACGCAGCUGUCCAGCACAAUGCAUCCCUUCCCGUGCCUGCAGAGACAGCAAGCAAAGAAGUAGUGGUUUGCUAUUCCUACACAAGUACCACAUCAACCCCAACCUCUACCCCUGUUCCAAGUGGCAGCAUAGCAACGGUUAAGUCUCCGAGACCUGCCAGUCCUGCCUCCAGUGUAGUUGUCUUGCCAAGUGGAAGUACUGUAUAUGUCAAAAGUGUUAGCUGUUCAGAUGAAGAUGAAAAACCCAGAAAACGCAGGCGAACAAACUCUUCUAGUUCUUCUCCUGUAGUCCUGAAAGAAGUUCCAAAGGCUGUUGUUCCAGUGUCAAAGACCAUCACUGUGCCUGUGAGUGGCAGUCCCAAGAUGAGCAACAUCAUGCAAAGCAUUGCCAACUCCUUGCCACCCCACAUGUCACCUGUGAAAAUAACUUUCACCAAACCAUCAACACAGACAACAAACACAACAACACAGAAGGUUAUUAUAGUGACCACAUCUCCAAGUUCAACCUUCGUGCCCAACAUUCUCUCCAAAUCCCAUAACUAUGCAGCAGUCACUAAGCUUGUACCAACAUCAGUCAUUGCUUCCACAACUCAGAAGCCACCGGUUGUUAUAACUGCAUCACAGUCCUCUCUGGUCAGCAGCAGUAGCAGCAGCAGCAGCAGCAACCCCAGUUCCACGCUAUCACCUAUUUCUAGUACAGUUGCAGUAACAGCCGUGGUAUCUUCCACACCAUCCGUGGUCAUGUCAACAGUAGCACAAGGUGUGUCCACAUCAGCAAUCAAAAUGGCAUCGACAAGACUUCCUUCCCCCAAAAGCUUAGUGAGUGCCCCUACCCAGAUUCUUGCACAGUUUCCUAAACAGCAUCAGCAGUCUCCUAAGCAGCAGUUACAUCAAGUGCAGCAACAGACACAGCAGCCAGUGGCCCAGCCUUCCUCAGUGUCUCAGCAGCAGCAACCUCAGCAGGCACCGUUGCCACCUGGUAUCAAACCUACCAUCCAGAUCAAACAGGAGUCAGGUGUUAAAAUCAUCACACAGCAGGUUCAACCAAGUAAAAUCUUACCCAAACCAGUGACUGCAACUCUACCCACCAGUAGCAAUUCCCCUAUUAUGGUGGUUAGCAGUAAUGGUGCAAUUAUGACAACUAAACUGGUAACUACUCCUACUGGUACUCAGGCAACCUACACCCGGCCAACAGUGAGCCCAUCCUUAGGUCGAGUAGCCACAACCCCUGGAGCUGCAACCUAUGUGAAAACUACCAGUGGGAGCAUCAUUACUGUAGUACCCAAAUCAUUAGCUACCUUGGGAGGCAAGAUAAUUAGCAGUAAUAUUGUUUCUGGAACGACUACCAAAAUUACUACAAUCCCAAUGACUUCCAAGCCCAAUGUGAUUGUUGUACAAAAGACUACAGGAAAAGGAACGACCAUUCAAGGCCUCCCUGGCAAAAACGUUGUCACAACAUUGCUAAAUGCUGGAGGAGAAAAGACUCUUCAGACAGUGCCAACUGGAGCAAAGCCAGCUAUCAUUACUGCUACAAGACCCAUCACCAAGAUGAUUGUAACACAGCCCAAAGGAAUAGGUUCCACAGUCCAGCCAGCAGCUAAAAUUAUCCCAACAAAAAUUGUCUAUGGACAACAAGGGAAAACACAGGUUCUCAUUAAACCCAAACCAGUGACAUUUCAAGCUACAGUUGUUAGUGAACAAACAAGGCAGCUGGUAACAGAAACAUUACAGCAAGCAUCAAGGGUAGCAGAGGCUGGUAAUUCAUCUGCUCAGGAAGGAAAAGAAGAACCACAGGGUUACACAGACAGUAGUUCCUCUUCCACGGAGUCCUCCCAGAGUUCCCAAGAUUCCCAGCCUGUAGUUCAUGUAAUUGCUUCCCGACGUCAGGAUUGGUCAGAACAUGAGAUUGCAAUGGAGACUAGCCCCACCAUAAUAUAUCAGGAUGUAUCCAGUGAAUCACAAUCAGCUACUUCAACAAUCAAAGCACUGUUAGAACUCCAACAGACAACAGUAAAGGAAAAAUUGGAAUCUAAACCAAGACAACCCACUAUUGACUUGAGUCAAAUGGCAGUACCUAUUCAGAUGACCCAGGAAAAGAGACAUUCUCCUGAGAGUCCAUCCAUUGCUGUGGUAGAGUCAGAACUAGUUGCUGAAUACAUCACCACUGAACGCACUGAUGAGGGGACAGAGGUUGCUUUUCCCCUUCUAGUCAGCCAUCGCUCCCAGCCCCAACAGCCUUCCCAGCCUCAGCGGACCCUGCUCCAACAUGUGGCUCAGUCACAGACUGCAACACAGACUUCAGUGGUGGUAAAGUCCAUCCCAGCGUCUUCCCCUGGAGCAAUCACCCACAUUAUGCAACAGGCAUUAAGCAGUCAUACUGCUUUUACCAAACACAGUGAGGAACUUGGAACUGAGGAGGGUGAGGUUGAAGAGAUGGACACAUUGGAUCCUCAGACAGGUCUGUUUUACCGAUCUGCCCUGACUCAAUCGCAAUCGACUAAGCAGCAGAAACUUAGCCAGCCUCAGCUGGAACAGACUCAGCUGCAAGUGAAAACUCUGCAGUGCUUCCAGACCAAACAGAAGCAGACCAUCCACCUGCAAGCAGACCAACUCCAGCACAAACUCACACAGAUGCCCCAGCUCUCCAUCAGGCAUCAGAAACUGACUCCUCUCCAGCAGGAACAAGCACAGCCCAAGCCAGAUGCACAGCACACACAGCAUCCUGUGGUAGCCAAAGACAGGCAGCUUCCUACCUUAAUGGCACAGCCCCCGCAAACUGUAGUACAGGUACUUGCUGUGAAAACCACACAGCAGCUUCCUAAACUGCAGCAAGCUCCAAACCAACCAAAAAUCUACGUGCAACCCCAAACUCCCCAGAGCCAGAUGGCACUCCCCACUUCGUCAGAGAAACAGCCGGCAAGCCAGGUGGAGCAGCCAAUUAUAACCCAAGGAUCCUCUGUUACAAAGAUAACAUUUGAGGGGCGCCAGCCUCCCACAGUUACAAAGAUAACUGGUGGCAGUUCUGUUCCUAAGCUGACGUCACCAGUUACAAGCAUAUCUCCCAUUCAGGCCUCUGAGAAGACAGCAGUGUCAGACAUUUUGCAAAUGUCUUUGAUGGAAGCUCAGAUUGAUACAAAUGUAGAACAUAUGGUAGUGGAUCCCCCAAAGAAGGCUCUGGCCACCGGUGUGCUCACUGGUGAGGCAGGAGCUGUACCCUCCACACACGUGGUGGUGGCAGGGAUGGCGAAAUGUAGAGAGUCCUGUUCAAGUCCAUCUGCUGUUGGCCCUCCCCUAACGACCAGAAAGAUGGAAGCAGCAGGAGUGCCUGCGACAGGCCAGUUCAUGCGUAUUCAGAAUGUAGGCCAAAAGAAAGCUGAAGAGAGCCCAACAGAGAUUAUCAUCCAGGCCAUUCCCCAGUACGCUAUUCCUUGUCACUCCAGCUCCAAUGUGGUAGUGGAGCCCAGUGGGCUUCUUGAACUGAACAACUUCACCAGUCAGCAGCUGGAUGACGAUGAGACAGCAAUGGAGCAGGAUGUAGACAGCAGCACGGAGGAUGGAACUGAGCCCAGCCCCUCUCAGACCUCUGCUGAACGGUCCUAGUGUUCAGACACCGGAGUGCACUUUAAAGCCUGCUUGGUUACCAAGUGUCCAGGGAAACUUAUAAUUUGUUGUCUUAAAAAAAAAAAAAAGCA